GUCGCGUGACGCACGUGGUGGGCGUGGCCGGCCGCCGGGUGGACCUGCCCUGUGACACCACCACCGUCGACCCGGAGGACCGGGCAGUGCUGGUGCUCUGGUACAAGAACAGCCAGGGCAAGCCCACAUACAGUUUCGACGCUCGCGGAGGCCUGUCGUUUUCGGGGCAGUCGGCCGGGUCGGACUCGCGCGCCACCUUCGUCAGCCGGGCCCGGCCGCCGGCGCUGCGGCUGGCGGCGGUGCAGCCCGCGGACGCCGCCCUGUACCGCUGCAGGGUCGACUUCACCUUCAGUCCGACCCGCAACCAGCGGGUCAACCUCACCGUCAUCAUGCCGCCCGACCGACCGGUGAUCCUCUACAAUGGUCGUCCGGUGUCGGGCCUGGUGGGGCCGCUGCAAGAGGGAGACCCGCUGGAGCUGACGUGCCUCUCUCGUGGAGGUCGCCCGGAGCCACGGGUCACGUGGUCCCGUGACGACCUCCUAUUGGACGACUCGGACGGACCGGACGGGUCAGGCCAGGUCAUCAACGUGCUGCGACUGGCUCCUCUGGGUCGCGAGGACCUGCACACCCGGCUGGUCUGCUCGGCGACCAAUAACAACAUCAGCCGACCGGUCACCACCCAGGUCGUCCUCGACAUGUACUUUCGGCCCCUGAGCGUCACCAUUCUGGGCUCGGCCCGCGCGGCCACGCUGGCCGGCCAG